AUGGCUGGUCCAGACGAAUGGCUCGUUACUAUAAAAAAAUGUGAAUUUUUGCCUGAAACAGAUAUGAAAAAACUUUGUGAAAUGGUCAAAGAGUUACUAAUGGAAGAGUCAAAUAUACAGCCAGUACAUACACCCGUAACAGUUUGUGGUGAUAUCCAUGGACAAUUUUAUGAUCUAUUAGAAUUAUUUCAUGUUGGUGGAGAAAUUCCAGACACUCAUUAUAUAUUUAUGGGAGACUUUGUAGAUAGAGGUUAUUAUAGUUUAGAAACAUUUACUCUUUUGAUGGUUUUAAAAGCAAGAUAUCCAGACAAAAUCACUCUUCUAAGAGGGAACCACGAGAGUAGGCAGAUUACACAAGUGUAUGGAUUUUAUGACGAAUGCCAAACAAAGUAUGGAAAUUCUAAUGUUUGGAAAUAUUGCUGUCAAGUGUUUGACUAUUUAACUUUGGCUGCAAUUGUUGAUGGGCGGGUUUUAUGUGUUCAUGGUGGUUUAUCACCCGAAGUUAGAACACUGGAUCAAAUACGAACGAUACCUAGAGCUCAAGAAAUUCCUCACGAAGGGGCCUUUUGUGAUUUAAUGUGGUCAGAUCCGGAAGAUAUUGAAACAUGGGCAGUAAGUCCACGAGGUGCUGGUUGGUUAUUUGGAGCAAAAGUAACAAAUGAGUUCAAUCAAGUUAAUGAUCUAACUCUAAUAGCUCGGGCUCAUCAAUUAGUACAGGAAGGUUAUAAGUAUAUGUUUCGAGAUGAGAAUCUUGUUACUGUAUGGUCAGCACCAAAUUAUUGUUAUCGUUGUGGAAAUGUAGCAUCUAUCAUGGCAAUUGACGAAAAUUUGCAAAUUGAUGAAAACAGUUUUAAAAUUUUCAAUGCUGUUCCGGAUCAAGAACGUUCUAUUCCACCUAGGGUUGGUCCUGGUCAAUAUUUUCUUUAA